UGUACACGUUUCACUGCCAAGUGUUGUGUGUUGUCAAAGAUUUUGCGGCCGCCAUGGAUUUCAUCGUACUACUGCUGAAUGGAUGGUACUUUUUUAUGAUAGUCUACUCGGUUUACUACAUCUACGUUUUCUCGCUAAACCGAUUACGGGAAGGCUUAGAUGCUGAGGAUAUCAAGGCGUUCGUGAACCCAUUUACUUUCCUGUUUUACCAGUGUACUCAGCUCUAUUUUAUGGUGUUAAUUCCGACGAUGUGUACGGAACAAGCGAGAAAGGUGGUGCCAUUACUGAACUCCGUCAGUGUCCAGUAUGCUGAGCAUCAAACUGAUUCACUGAUAGAAAUUCUAACAAUCGACUGUCUGGAACGGGACGUUGAUAUCACUAACUAUGGAUUAUAUAGCAUCAAUCGAGGGCUCUUGUUUGGCAUGAUUGCCACGAUGUCCAGCUAUAUGAUCAUUCUAGUUCAAUUCCACAUCGAGAGGCAAGGAUGAAUGGGUCACGUCGCCGCCGCACGUCGAUAAUCAUUACCACAUAAUUGAUAUUCUAACAAGC